ACAGGAGGAGCAUCAGGCAUCGGCCUCGCAACAACCAAAGUCCUCCUCUCCGUCGGCGCCAAAGUCGUCUCGGGCGACAUCAACGAACCUCCCCUUCAACACUCCAAUCUCACCUUCCUCACAACCGACGUCACAUCCUGGGACUCCCUCCUAUCCCUCUUCGACCUCGCCAGAUCCAAACACGGGGACAUCCACCACAUCUUCGCCAACGCCGGCAUCUCCGGCCGCGCCAACUACCUCGAAUCCCUCUUCUCCCCAACGACCGGCAAACUCCUCGAACCCCCGACUCUCGUCUACGACAUCAACCUCCGCGGCAUGCUCAACACCGCCUACAUCGGCCUCCACCACCUCCGCACCCAAUCCAGCAAGCCCACCACCGGCUCUCUCGUCUUGACAGCUUCCGGGUCUUCUUUCCUCCCCUUCGGCGUCACAGACUACACAACAACCAAACACGCCGUGCUCGGCUUCCAACGCGGCCUCCUCCCUAACCUCAUCGAACAGAACCUCCCCAUCCGCGUGAACGCCAUCGGCCCUUCCUGGACAGAAACAGGGUUGGUACCCAAAGAGCUCUGUCAAGCGGCGGGGAUUGAGUCGCAGUCCGCGGAUGUGGUGGGGAAACAGGUUGCUGUACUGAUGGCGGAUGGUGAGAGGCAAGGGCAAUUUAUUUAUUCUGCGGGAGGGAGGAAUUAUGAGAUUGAGCAGAGUGUGUUGUUGCCGGCC